UCAGACACCUUGACUUUCCACAUUUUGUUAGGUUACAACCUUGUUCUAAAAUGGAUUAAAUUGAGGCCAAAGAGUUCAAUCUUGGUUUCAUCAAAUCAGAUAAUCUUGUUACUCAUGGUCAGAGUCUUUAGGUGCCUUUCUGGCUAAUUCCAAGCGGGCUGUCAUGUGCCUUUUCCUGAAGAGUGGCUUCUGUCUGGCCAGUCUACCAUAAAGGCCUGAUUGGUGGAGUGCUGCCUUCUCCCAUCUCCACAUAGGAACUCCAGAGCUCUGUCAGAGUGACCAUCGGGUUCUUGGUUACCUCCCUGACCAAGGCCCUUCUCCCCCAAUUGCUUAGUUUGGCUGUGCGGCCAGGUCUAGGAAGAGUCUUGGUGGUUCAAAACUUCUUCCAUUUAAGAAUGAUAGAGGCCACUGUGUUUUUGGGACCUUCAAUGCUGCAGAAAUGUUUUGGUACCCUUUCCCAGUUCUGUGCCUCGACACAAUCCCGUCUCGGAGCUCUACUGACUAUUCCUUUGACUUGUUUUUUUCUCUGACAUGCACCUUUUAUAUAGACAGGUGUGUGCCUUUCCAAAUCAUGUCCAAUCAAGUUCUAGAAACAUCUCUAGGAGGAUCAAUGGAAACAGGAUGCACCUGAGCUCAAUUUCAAGUCUCAUAGCAAAGGGUCUGAAUACUUAUGAGCAGAAUCAUCCUAUGAUGAAGAGUAUGACAGUCGUGGUGGUGGGUGGAGGUGUGGUUGGCUUCUCCACAGCUGUGUGCAUCGCUGAGGCCCUCCCCUACUGCUCUGUGACCCUCAUAGCUGACAGGUUUACCCCAGACACCACCAGCGAUGUGGCUGCUGGGAUCCUGAUUUGCUCACCGUUCCCAGAUAUCCCUCUGGAACAGCAACAGAGGUGGUUCAAGGAGACGAUUGAUCACCUGCUGGCUAUUGCCCAAUCAGAACAGGCAUCAGAGGCUGGGGUGUUGCUCAGCUCAGGAUGGCAAAUACACAAGGAGCUCCCUGUGGAUAAGGUGCCAUUCUGGUCUGCAUUUGUGCUGGGUUUCCGAAUCAUGACAGACCGUGAACUGAAACGGUUUCCUGAUCACAAGUUUGGCCAGGCGUUCACCACAGUGAAAUGUGAAUGUUCCAACUACCUGCCAUGGAUGGAGAAGAGGUUUAGAAAAGCAGGAGGCCAGGUUGUGAAGCAGAAAGUAAACGACCUCCAGGAGCUAAGCAGCCAGGGAUAUGACGUCAUCGUCAACUGCUCCGGUCUGGGCGCCAAGUCUCUAGUAGGGGACUCUCAGGUCUACCCUGUCAGGGGGCAGGUCCUCAAAGUCCAGGCCCCUUGGCUCCAACACUUCAUCCGGGAUGGGGAAGGGCAGUCAUAUAUCUACCCAGGGACGCACAGCGUGACAGUGGGCGGCACCAGGCAAGUGGACGACUGGCGCCUGGAGGUUGACCCAGAGGACAGCCAGGACAUCCUGGAGCGCUGUAGCAGCCUGGAGCCGUCCCUGAGCAGGGCCAGGGUCCUGGGGGAGUCUGUGGGGCUGAGACCCAGUAGGAAGAACGUCCGGGUGGAGAGAGAGAUGGUCCUCCUGGGGAGCCGACAGGUACCGGUGGUGCAUAACUAUGGCCAUGGGGGCUGGGGAGUCAGUCUGAGCUGGGGUACAGCCCUGGAAGCACUGGGGCUGGUCAGGAAGUGUCUCCAUGAGAAGCCCCCCAGGGCCAGGCUGUGAACACUACGCAGAUACUCUGCCAUAGAAAUCAUUUCUGAAUAACUUUGAUAUAAUUACUUGAUCUGCACUGUUUUUUCACACAAUUAGUGAUACCUGCUGCCAUUGCACAUUAAUGAAAUUAAAGAAAGCAAUGUGAUUUUGCUCACUUGA